AUCCGGGAUCUGAUUGAGAGGACCGUCUCUCCUGACCCAAGUGGCGGCACACCAGAAACCACACCAAGUCACAGAAACCCGUGGCCUCUGAAGACCUUUGAGAAAGCAGCAUCCCUGGCACGUUUGGUCCAGGGCUCAACUAGAAUGAGCGGUGCAGAAAGCCCUACGGAGACUGCAGAGUGUGCUCAGUCAUCAGGAAGUAAGAACUUGACAACUGCUCUUGAAAAAAAGAUUAAGUGUUUGGAAAAGCAGAGAAAGGAGCUCCUGGAAGUUAACCAACAAUGGGACCACCAAUUUAGAAGCAUGAAAGAGCUAUAUGAAAGAAAGGUCACAGAGCUGACAUCAAAACUGGACGUGUCCCAAAGUUUCCUCAGCGCGCUGGGCAGGGAGCAGCUCCCGUGUCAGAAGAGGAGCGACAGGCUGCAGGACCAGACGCCGGACCUGCGGGGGCUGGAGCAGAAAGACCAGGAGCGCCUCAGUGAAGAAUUGCAUGAAUUGAAGAGAGAGAAUAAGCUUUUGAAGGAAAGAAAUGCUCUUGCAAACAGAAAGAAGGAGCAUUAUGAAUGUGAAAUAAAACGUCUCAAUCAGGCUCUUCAGGAUGCAUUGAAGAUCGAUUAUUCUUCAUCUUCGGAGGACUAUUUGGGGAAGUCAGCAGUGAAGUGCAGCCAAGAGGAGAUGAGAACGCAAAUGGAAGUUCUCAAGCAUCAGGUGCGAAUAUAUGAAGAAGACUUCCAGAAAGAGCGAGCGGAUCGGGAACGGCUCAAGCAGGAGAAAGAAGAGCUGCAGCAGAUGAACCGGACGUCUGGAUCCCAGCUGAGCAGGCUGAAGUCUCAGAUAAAAGCUUUUCAAAUGGAGAAAGAAAAACUGGAACAGAAAUUAAAACGGAUGUGUUUCCCAACCUGUAACUGUGGCUUGGUUUCCCACCUCCCGGAUCCAUGGGGACCCAGUGGCCCUGGGGCUGUGCGGGACCUACAGAAGCACCCACCAGACUAUCAGUGGUAUGCUCCUGACCAGUUUCCGCCAGAUGUUCAGCACAAGGCAAAUGAGUUCUCCUCAGAAAAGAAAGCCAAUCAGUAGGAGCAGACGCCAAAGUAGACGCACAACGGGC